AUGAGAAAAAUUUCACUUAGCGAAAUAGCACAUAAUGAAAGUACAUCCAAUUUCAAAGACCUUGGUAAUCUUGAGUUUGGUGAAUCAGCACAUGGUCUUGAGUCUGAUGAGCCGAUAUAUGAUCUUGAAUUUAAUGGACCAACGUAUGAUUCAGUAGUUGUUGUUCAAGAAAAUAAAAAUAUCAGAUUGGACUGUUCCAAAGAGAAGUUAUACGAAGGAAUGAAAGGACGUGUUGAAAAGACUUCUAAUGGAACUAUACGAAAAAGAACAAUAUUGUGUGAACACAGUGGUGAAUAUAAACCUAAAAACAUGCAAUUGACUAAAGAAACAAGCACAAAAUAUAUCAAAUAUUCGUGGCAUAUAAAUUUGUCACAACCACAGAAGAAUAAUCCUAAUGGAAAUGUUUAUAUUACCACUUUAGACAAUAGUCAUAAUCAUGACUUGUCCUCUUAUAGAACAAAAUUUUUUAAUGAUAGUGAACUUACCCAAGAAAUGUAUGAUAGGGUAGAAUUUUAUAUAAAUACUGUUAAGUUAAAGCCGCUACAAAUUCAGAGGGCUUUACGAAAAGAAUUUUCUGACCACGAAAUUUACCUUUCUAAAAUUCAUAAAGCAACAGCAAAAUAUUAUAGUGGGAAACGAAAGGAUAUGUUAAAUGAUGCUGCAUCAUUGUACGAAAAAUUAGUAAGAAGAAAAAAUGAAGAUCUUCGAUGGUAUGUUGCAAUGAUUAGAUGUGCGCUUAUGAACGAUGAGUCAGCAGAUUCGUAUUGGUGGGUUUUAUGUCAGACAAAACAGGCCACUGGAGGCUAUAUAUCAGCUGUUAUUAUGACCGAUGCUGAUCCGGCUUUGGAUCUUGCAAUCUUCAAGGAGUAUGAACAAUCUUAUGCCAUGUAUUGUAUAUUCCAUAUAUCACAAAACCUUCUUCGAAAUCUCGAGGCUAAGUUGGGUCAACAGUAUCAGAAGUUUGUUCAAGAUUUUUACACUGCUAGAAAUUCUCUUGUUCCGGAAGUUUUUGAACAAAAAUAG